AUGAACCGUCCCGGUCUACGAACCGUGCUGCUGCCACUACUACUACUGGUACAUCCCCCUCCGGCUAUCAGUCAAAACUUGUUCGGCCUAGCCCCUAACAUCGGCAACGUGGGUAAGAAGAAGCUGGUCGUUCAUCGGGUAGGUCAAUGCCUGGGCAAAAAGGAUCUCCCGAUUUUCGCACCGGAUAUGCGUAUCGCGCCAUACAACGCCACCAACAACGCUGUCAGUGGGAUAAUCGAGUUCCGGGAGGAUUUCCUCAACGGGUGGGACGUGUCGGCUUCGGUGAAGAAGUGUGACGACUUUCGGGCAUCGGACAGCUGUCGGCCCUUUCUGAAUAACCUGGCCAACUCGAACCAAUGCAUGAUGCUAGGGCUUAGCGACAUGAUGUGGAUGAAGUAUCUGACCAACAUGAGCCCAAAAGCCGAAUGUCCCUUCCGGAAGGGCAUUUACACGUACGGAGAAACGCUGGUCGACGAUAAUUUGGUCAAGUAUAUGCCAGGAAGUGGCCAUAGCCAUUGGGAGGUCGAGAUCACCGGGAAGGUCAAGAACCGUCAGGUUUUGUGUAUCAUAAUGCAACUCCACGUGCGGCCUAAGAAAAACUAGAUUUGGA